UCGACGUCGUCGUCGUAAAAAAAGGGUCGAAAAGAGGAAAAGGUGAAAGCGGGUGCGAUUACGCGAUUAAUUACUACUAUCCACGGUUCAAAGGGACGGCGUUGACCACUGCGCACUUCCAGCACUAUCACGGGAAAGUGCAGCAUUAUCCAAUCAACGCCGGAACACUAGUUUAUAAUGUCCAGCCGGUUCGCUUGUUAAGCGCCGUAUUGCUGACCAAGGAACAACCGCUCGGCCGGAAGCGAUCUAGGCAACAGAGCUGGUACCGCUGCACGGGGAAAUGUUGCCCUUCUUGGACGAGACGGACGAGCUGUUCAACUAUUGGAUUUUGAGGGCUUUGCUACUGGUCGUGCUCUAUCUGGCUUGGCGCUCUACCUACGUCAGAGAGGAUCGUCCCAGCGCGCAAGAUGCGGUACUGGCGAUCGAGAACAACUUGCGCCGUUUGAACACGCUCCCCUUGCGCCGCUUGAAUACGCAGCAUAACGUGACAACGAUUAUUCUGCGCAGCUCAUCACAGCAAUCCAACAUCUCCAACGUCACGGAAACGGAGGGUCUUGAUCUCGAGAACGACAGCAUAGCCUCCUCGAUCGACAAUAUCACACAGUCUAUUUUGACCGAGGCUUCCGAAUCGGCCACCGGCCUCGAUCUUAGUGAUACCGAGGGUUACCCAAGUGUUGUGCGACCCGCCGUCGUUGAUACAUUUCACGACGCGGGGCCGGAAGAAAUCAUUCGUCAGAUGGAUGCCACCGAUCAGGACGUUGCGAGCCACCACUCUACCCCCACUGACAUAGCAGGAUCGGCUUCGUCCAGUGAACUCCGGCAACGGAGGCGUCCCCCUACGGCUGGAAACGAACCUAGUGGGCCAGAUUUGCCGGAACGUGCUGACGCUGCAAAUGGUAUGGGAACUGUGACCACCGAUAACACUGCGGGCAGCGCCGUGAAGCCGAUUCGGAUCAAGCUCAAAUAUCUGAACGAUGAUUCCAAGCUCGUAGAAGGCAAUCUGAACGAGGGUAUUGGUGAAUUUAAGCGACGCAACUUUACGCUCGAACUGGCUGCCCAAAAGCUGGUGCGGCUCGUGUUCAACGGGCACGUGCUGCAGCCGGACACCAAAACGCUGGCCGCUUGUGGGUUAUUUGAUAAUUGUGUGGUUCACUGUUUGAUACACAAUCAGAAAUCUUCGUUAAACGGUGGUGACCGGCAGCAAGAUGGCGGUACGGUAAGCGGAGACAACCGCUUCCAUAUCGCAGCUGGUGAUAGUGUAAACGAUGGUGGCAACGAAGGCAAUGAGAAUGCGGAUAAUCGCGAUACGAAUGGUCAUCCCAACGAAAGCACACGAUCGCGAACGCGCUACGGAACAUACUUUAUUCACAUCGGUACGCUGGCGGUAACGGCUCUCAUACUGUAUGGCUGGUAUUGCCGCUUUCACUACGGCCAUCUGUUCAAUAUGAGCUCUACCAUCGGGCUUAUUGCUACCACCACCACCUUUCUCAUUAUGAUGCCAACGAUCAUUCUCGCUGAUAGCAAUACACCAAACUAAAUUGGACACAUGAUGGUGGUAUAUCUGAUCACAGCAUAGAUCACGCCCUCCUUGAAACGCUUGAUGGCAACCCUUGGUAACCAACGUUUCGGGUCAAAGCUGACCCCCUCCUUUAUUAUCAUUCAUUCAGAGCUGGACCGCCUCUUUCUCCUUGUUUUGUACAUAUUGUGAUACAAUAAAAAGAAUGGUAAAUUAAUGAACAUGUUAAA